AUGAGUACCAGAAGUGCAAGCUCGAGCCGGUCAUCUUGGCCACCAACACCAGGGGAACCUACCAGAUACCAAUAUACGCCUGAAGCUACGUCCUCGGAGACCGAUGAAACACCACCGUUGCAUGCAGUAAACGUCGCACCAAGAUGGAACGAGUCGAAAACAACAAUAUGGAAGGUGACAGCCACAUUUUGGUGUGCAUUUGUGAUGGGGUCCAAUGAUGCUGCAUAUGGAGCAAUUAUUCCCUAUUUGGAGAUUUACUAUCAAAAAAGCUAUACGGCCGUUUCAUUGGUGUUCCUUUCGCCGUUUGUGGGAUAUACCGUAUCCGCUAUCUUGAGCAAUUUAGUUCAUCAGACUCUCGGCAGGCGAGGAAUCACAAUAAUCGCUCCGAUUUGCCAUGUGAUUGCGUUUGCAGUCAUAUCUACACACCCGCCCUUUCCAGUCCUAGUGAUCAUGUAUAUUCUGGUUGGAUUAGGGAGCGGAUUUCACAAUGCAGCAUGGAAUGUAUGGAUCGGAAACAUGGCGAACUCGCACGAAGUGCUCGGUUUCUUCCAUGGAUUCUAUGGCGUCGGAGCCACAAUAAGCCCUCUCGUUGCCACAACUCUAAUUAUCAAAGCAGGGUGGGAAUGGUACUCUUAUUACUACCUAAUGACCGGAGCGGCUGCUAUCGCACUAGUUUACUCCACCGGCGCCUUCUGGGAUGAAACUGGGAGCAAAUAUCAACAAGAGAACCCCAGUUUCCCAGGCAGAGGAGGGGCAUUCUCUCAAACACGCCUUGCCCUCACAUAUAAGGUCACCUGGAUAUGCGCUGUCUUCCUCUUUCUCUAUGGCGGAAUUGAGGUAGCAAUCGGUGGUUGGAUUGUUGUCUUUAUGACGAACGUCCGACAUGGCGACCCAUUUGAAUCCGGAAUGGCAGAGACAGGCUUCUGGCUCGGCAUCACAGUCGGUCGAUUCGUGCUAGGGUUUGUGUCACCACGAAUUGGAGAGAAGCUGUCCAUUGCUAUAUACCUCUUGCUUGCAAUUGCUCUUGAGCUCAUCUUCUGGCUCGUGCCUGAGUUUAUCGUGUCCGCCGUUGCGGUUGCAUUUGUUGGAUUCUUUAUGGGGACUAUCUUCCCGGGAGUUGUGAUUGUGGCGACACGAUUGCUACCGAAGAAUCUUCAUGUUGCUGCUAUUGGAUUUGCGGCUGCCUUUUCUAUGGGUGGCGGUGCUGUUUUCCCAUUCAUGAUUGGCGCUAUUGCUCAGGCGAAGGGAGUGACAGUGCUGCAGCCAAUCUUGCUCGCCAUGCUGGCUGUAUCGUUGGGAAUUUGGGCAACAAUAUUCCGACUUCCCCAGCAAGAGGCAUCACACCAUGUCUAA